CUUGAGAAUGCUGAGUAUCCUCCAAGCUGUGGUCCACUCCCUUUACUAACUUCCUUCCCGGCGGAAAAAUAGACUAGGAAAAAUGGCACCUAAGAAGGACGCUAAGAAGCCCGAUCCCCCCAAGGCCGCUGCUCCCGCGCCCGCGCCCGCACCCGAACCCGAGGCCCCACCUCCACCCGCAGGAGUGGAUCUGUCCGCUGUGAAGGUUGAUUUCACCCCGGACCAGAUGGAAGAUUACAGGGAGGCCUUCGGACUUUUCGACAGAGUUGGUGACAGCAAAGUAGCCUUCAACCAGAUUGCAGAUAUCAUGCGUGCACUGGGACAGAACCCAACCAACAAAGAGGUUGCAAAGAUCCUGGGCAACCCCACCGCUGACGACAUGGCAAACAAGAGAGUCGACUUUGAUGGGUUCCUGCCCAUGCUGCAGUUUGUGAUCAACAGCCCAAACAAGGCAUCAUACGAUGACUACGUUGAGGGUCUGCGUGUAUUCGAUAAGGAGGGCAACGGAACAGUAAUGGGUGCUGAGCUGCGUAUCGUCUUGUCAACACUGGGUGAGAAAAUGACUGAAGCUGAGAUCGAUGCUCUCAUGCAAGGCCAGGAGGAUGAAAAUGGCUGUGUGAACUUUGAGGCUUUCGUCAAACACAUCAUGUCUGUGUAAGAAGUGAAGAAACUGAAGCAUUUCUCCAGAUUCCAUGAUGUCAGGACAUCCACACAAUGUUUCCAAAACCAACUCAGAAACGGAUAAAAGGGACACGGGAUGUUAAUCAUAAACAUUUAUUUUGUAAUUUGUUUUUCCUAUUUUGUUUUCCACUUGACUCCAAUUUCUCUUGUCCAUUUGUGGAAUCCAUUCAUAUUUUUUUUCCAGCUAGUAUUAUGAUGUUCUUGCCGGGACAAGCCUCUCCGUAGCGGAACAGUUGUGAGUGGUGGGGGGUGUGUGGGUGGGGCAUCAUGGGUACACAAAAAUUUGAACCACGCCCCCUUGACCACUCACUGUCUGGAUCGCAAAGUCAAAGGUGCUAAAUAUACUGCCAUUAACGGACUGCUUGCAAAACCUCCUUCCCCUUUCCCCAGAGUCUUAAUUUAUUUUUCGCCUCUGUUAAUUCUCAUAAUAAACUUUUCACAAAGUAUCA